CCGUGUUUAUUCCGCCCCUGCUUUGUCUCCUGGGGAGAGACGUCUUCUCGGAGGUUCUUGGACUCGCCGCCCCUUUUACCCGGAUAACUUUGGAGCCCCGGACGGCGAGGUGCCAUCAGCAUCAGUAAGGAAACAAAGCCUGAGGGCCAAAUGAGACAUUAGGGGGCAGUGACUGAAGAGGGAAUGGUCCGACGUCGCAUCUCUACCCCCAUACUCCUGGCUCUGAUUGUUGCCAUCACAUUAUUCCUGUGGAAGCACCAGGAAGAGGAGAUGUUUAUCAUCCACCAGGACCUCAUUGACCCCUUUCUUGCCAACCUUAGUUCUCCACCAUCCCUUCGCCGCUCAGCCUCUCUUAAUUUCUCAAAAUCCUCCAUGUAUCUGAAUUUGACUCAGUUUUCCGAGAGCUACCCAGCCCUCCAGACGUAUAGAUGCCGAAUGGUUAUCGGGUUAGUUGGAUAUUGCCGGACACAAGAUCCUCUAAUAAUCUUGGCGGUGAAAUCCCACCCAGGAUCCUUUGAAAGGAGGGAGGUUCUGCGUAGCACUUGGGCUCGAGAGACAAUGAUUCAGAUGUACAAAUUUAAACCUCUGUUCCUCUUGGCCAAUUCGGGGAGGCGGAAUGAGAUGGAGAAGAUGAUGUUAGAAGCCGCUUUCUAUGGAGAUAUCAUCCUGUGGGACUUUAUGGAAAGUCAUCACAACCUGUCUCUCAAGGAGAAGUGUUUUCUGGAAUGGCUCUAUCACCGGUGUCAGCGGGCCAGCUACAUAUUCAAAGUUGAUGAUGAUGAAUUUGUUAACCCCCACGCCAUUGCAGCCUACAUUAACUCCGUGAAGGACCUUCCGCCUCAGAUCCACGGCCACCGACAUCUCGACGCCCCGGUGGAGCGGUACGGAAAAUACGCCAUCCCCACGUCGGUUUAUCCGUACAAGACUUACCCUCCGUUCGUCUCCGGCGGCGGGUUCAUCAUUCCUUCGCCUCUCAUCCCCCGACUGUUCGAGGCCUCGGGCUGGAUGCCCGUGUUCCCGCUGGAUGAUGUCUUCUUAGGCUUUCUGGCUCUUGCGGCAAAUAUUUCGUUUCGUCAUGAAGCACAUUUCUUUUCUUUUGGGUUGGAGAACCACAAGCCGUGCUCCCUUAAAGACGUCCUCGCGGCUCAUGGGCUUCCCCAGCCUAAGAUAAUGAAGUUGUGGAAGCUUCUGCCUUACAUCCCGCCGUGUCCACCUGACAGCGCCUAGAAAAUGAAGCGGAUGC